UUAAAUUCCGUAUUCAAUGUUACGACAUGACACCAGUUCAAUUUUAAAUGAAUUAAUGGAAUCAAACAACCUCCAAUUCAGAAAGUGGUUAAUUUAAUUAAUGUCCGCUGUUCUACUAGCAGAAGAAUAGAUGAUUACCUGUACUCAAAUAUAUACUAUAGCUAUUGAUUUUUUGCUGAACCAUUUAAUAAGAUCAAAAUUAAACUACGUCAAUUAAUAAUUCAGAAAAUAAAAAACUACCAUUUAAGAAUAUUCAGAAUAUUAAAAAUGAUGUGGAUUUUAUUAACGGCGUUAAUUCCAAUUUUAAUUUAUUUUUACUGCAUAAAAUAUUUAUAUUACUGGAAAAACAGGAAUGUUCAACAAGAUACUAUUUUAAACGUUUUUGUUGAAAACUUUUUUAUGAUCUUCAAAAGACAAAGUGCUGCUAAUGUAGCAAAACAACUCCAAAGAGCUUUUCCAAAUGAAAAAUGUUAUGGAAUUAUGCAAUUUAACACCCCAGUGUUAGUUUUAAAAACUCCAGAUAUUAUGAAACAAUUUUUAAUCAAAGAUUUUGACCAUUUUACUGAUAGAAGAACCAUGGUUCCGGAAGAUAUUGAUCCAUUGUGGGGUAAAAAUGUGUUCGCUUUGAAAGGACACUCUUGGAAGAACAUGAGAUCUAGUUUGAGUCCAUCGUUCACCAGCAGCAAAAUAAAAUGGUUAUUUACACUUAUGAAAGAAACCACUGAAAAAUUUGUUGAUUAUUUUAAAAAUCAAGACGAAAUCGUAAUAAAACUUGAAAUGAAAGAUGUUUUUAUGAGAUUCUGCAAUGAUGUCAUUGCUAAUACAAUUUUCGGAGUGGAAGUAGAUUCGUUAAGAGACAAGGAUAAUACGUUUUUUCAAAUGAGUAAAACGGCUUUUGAUUUUAAAAGCUUUUCGAAAUUUGUGAAGUUGUUUGGAUAUAUGAUGUCGCCAACACUAUAUAAGAUUUUAGGUAUGAAAGUCUUUGAUGAAGAUGUUAACACAUUCUUUAGAAAAGUAAUAGAUGAUUCUGUCAAAAAUAGAGAAGAAAAGGGAAUUAUUAGACAAGACAUGAUCCAUAUUUUAAUGGAAGCAAGAAAGGGAAUCGAUAGUAGCGAAGAGAAUAAUGUAAUUGAGGCAACUGUUGAUCAAACAUCGGGAAAAUUAACAAAACACUUCUCGAAUGAAGACAUAACAGCACAAGCUCUAAUGUUCUUCUUCGCUGGAUUUGAGACGGUGUCCACUAUAAUGUCAUUCAUGGCUUACGAGUUGGCUGUAAAUACGGAAGUACAAAAUUUAUUAAGAGAAGAAAUUAUAGAAACUUUGACAGAAACAGGUGGAAAAUUAACGUACGAUGCUAUUAUGAAAAUGAAGUAUAUGGACAUGGUAGUUUCAGAGUCUUUAAGAAAAUGGCCUCCAGCUAUAGCAGUGGAUAGAGUUUCUACAAACCCCUACACCAUCGAUCCAUCAUCUUCAAACGAAAAACCCAUACAUUUAGAAAAAGGAACCGUGGUUAUGAUACCAAUUUUAGGAAUACAUCACGAUCCAAAAUUAUUUCCAAAUCCUGAUCGUUUUGAUCCAGAAAGAUUUAAUGAAGAAAAUAAAAGAAAUAUAGCACCAAACUCGUAUAUGCCUUUCGGACUAGGACCAAGAGGUUGUAUGGGAACCAGAUAUGCCCUUUUGGAAAUAAAAGUGAUUUUCUUUUAUUUGCUGAAAGAGUUUGAAAUUGUUCCUGUUAAGGAAACUAAAAUACCAAUUAUGUUAGCCAAUAGUCUUUUUGAUAUUUCUAUUGAAGGUGGUAAUUGGUUGGGAUUGAAACGAUUAACGUCAUAGGGUACCCGAUUUUCUUGGUCCCAUCCUUUCUUUUGCCAAAAACAGAAGGUAAUAUAAUAGAAUCUUUAUAGGGUAAUUUAUUUUCUUAUUUUAUUAAAAACUUUUUUAUAGAUAUUCAUUUUGGGUCG